AUGGUCAAGCACGAUCCUACCAAAGACGGGUCCGACACCUUUGACGAGCUCUCCGAGCAGCAACUCAAAUCUCCCAAGAAGCGAAAGAUGGGAGCCAAGAAAGAGGAUAGCUCCUCUCCUGACGGCAAAGGCAAGGCAGCUGCCACCCGAAUGCACACUCACAGCAAGUCAUGGACCAAGGAGGAGGAGGAAGACCUCAUGGACUGCCUCCAGAUCAUCAUCAUGGCCAACAUGGCCCAGGUCAUCAAGGGCUUUCCUCGCUUGGCUGCUAGAAAGUCCAGAGGAUGCAUCAAGCACUGGUACACUAUCCGACGCAAGCAUGAGGCAGCUAUUCUUGGCGCUGCAACCAUCAAUUACGACGGCAAAAAGAUCGACAUCGCCGACAGGAUCAAGGUCGAUCCAGCCAAGUCAAAGUAG